AUGGUAUCAGAUUUCUUUUAUCCAAAUAUGGGAGGAGUCGAAAGUCAUUUGUAUCAAUUAUCUCAAAGAUUAAUUCAACGAGGUCACAAGGUGAUAAUAAUAACUCAUUCGUAUAAGGAUCGUACGGGAGUUCGAUACCUCACGAAUGGAUUAAAAGUUUAUUACGUACCGCACGUGGUCAUCUAUUCGGAAGCCACCUUACCUACCAUAUAUGGAUUCUUUCCAAUAUUUCGAAAUAUCGUAAUUCGAGAAGAAAUUAAUAUUGUACAUGGUCAUCAGGCAUUUUCUUCAAUGUGUCAAGAAGCCAUAUUACAUGCUCGUACCAUGGGAAUGAAAGCUUGCUUUACUGAUCAUAGUUUGGUGGGAUUCGCUGAUGCUAGUAGUAUUUUAAUGAAUAAAACUUCAAAAUUUACUCUUAGUGACAUUGAUCACGUCAUCUGCGUUAGUCAUACCAGUAAAGAAAAUACAGUUCUUAGAGCAUCAUUAAAUCCUCAAAUGGUUUCGGUAAUACCAAAUGCUAUUGUUGCUUCUCAAUUUAAACCUGAUCCUGUCACUAUUGUUGUAGCAAGUAGAAUGGUAUAUAGAAAAGGGAUUGAUUUACUUGUAGCAAUUAUACCAAGGAUUUGUCAAACAAAUCCUAGAGUUAGAUUCAUAAUAGAUGGACCAAAAAAAAUUGAAUUGGAACAAAUGAGGGAAAAAUAUUUAUUACAUGAUCGUGUUGAAUUACUUGGCCCUAUUUUGACUAAAGGACAAAUAUUUUUAAAUACUAGUUUAACAGAAGCAUUUUGUAUGGGAAUUGUUGAAGCAGCUUGUUGUGGAUUACUGGUGGUAAGUACUAAAGUAGGUGGAGUUCCCGAAGUACUCCCACGACAUAUGAUCAUUUUUGCAAGCCCUGAGGAAGAUGAUUUGAUUAAUGCAGUAAUGAGAGCUAUAGAAAUGAUUGGACUUGAAGAAGUUUCACCUAUUAAACUUCAUGAUGAAAUUAAAGAAAUGUAUAGUUGGGUUAAUGUUGCUGAAAGAACCGAAAGGGUUUAUAACAAAAUUUGGGGAUUGAAGACUCCUCCAUUAUUGGAAAGAUUAAGAUUAUAUUAUGGAUGUGGAAUAUGGGCUGGUAAAAUAUUUUGUAUAGUAAUGGCAUUGGAUUAUUUACUUUGGAGAUUUCUGGAAUGGAUAUUUCCUGAAGAAAAUAUAGAAAUCGCUCCAUCAUUUCCUUAUCAAAAAUAUAUAAAGUUAGAUAUUAAACAAGAAUUUGAAUAA